GCUAAACUGUAAAUAAUCGACCCACGAGCAGCGUCCCUGCUGUGGCUGCAUGUUCAAAACACAAAGUUUACCUUAUUUAUGUUUGUGUCGGUGGUGAUUGUGAAGUGAUACGCGCCCGGCGUAGUCUGCGAGUGUGCCAUAAGUGCGAAAAUGGGUCUGGCUCGGGGCGGGGCAGGUGGCCGAGGUGGCGGGCGCGGCUCGGGCCGCGGCGUGCACAAGAAAGCUCGUGGUGGGCCCAUGAUGAGACCCGGGCCACCUCCUCUGAUGGGCCCUCCAGGACCGCACCCGCCCAUGGGUGGCCCCAGGAUGAGGCCACCACCUCCAGGGAUGAUGCACCAACCCCCUGGCGUCCGGCCGCCACCCCUGGGCAUGCGGCCCCCAAGGCCACCACCCCCUGGUAUGGUUAGGCCACCACCGGGAUUUCGGCCCCCACCGCUCGGGCCCCAUGGUCCUCAUGGACCACACCACGGUCCGCACGGCCACCAUGGACCACACGGGCCGCACGGCCCUCACGGCCCCAUGGGCCCCAUGGGCCCCCUCGGACCUCACGGCCCCAGGAUGGGCCCCCCCGGGAUGCCCCCGCGACCUCCACCCCCUGGCAUGAUGCGAGGGAGGGGCGGGAUGAUGAGGCCCCCCAUGAUACCCCCAUGGGUAGGCCCCCCUCGGCCCCCGGGCCCUCCCGGCCCACCCGGUGGCCCCUUCAUGAUGAGGGCGGCACGGGAAUGGCGUAGAGGAGGCAUGGCCAACAAGGGCGGCAAGAAUCGCAAAAUGAAAGGGAAGAGCGGAACAAACCGACCGCAAGCUGAGCUAGAAGCAGCUGAGCUGGCUAAACCAUGGGUGAACGAUGUAAUUAGGCCCGAAAUAUUGAAGAAGCACAAGCUGCAUGCAGAGGCCCGUGCCAGCAAAGAUGUGAAAGAUUGGGAAGCUUUCAAAGAACAGAAAAAGAAAGUAGCUGUUAUGGUGAAUGAAGCAAAAUUGGAAUAUAUCGGAAGUCAUCCAGAAGAGGUGACAGAUGAUGAAGACAGCUUUGACGCAGACAGCAGUUUUGGGGGCAAUGAUGAAGAGGACUGUGCAGACUCAUCAUUUGAAGAAGAAAGUACCGAUACUGGUUAUGAAGAAAAUGGAUCCUCCCAAGAAGAAUGGCAAUGGACCCCAGAUUCCUACUACAACUACAGUCAGUCAAGUUUGGAGGGAUCUGAAUUGAAUGAGAGUGCAACUGCUUCAUCUUCGACAAAUCUAUACCAAAAUUCGUCAGAGUCAUAUGAACCAUAUGACUCUUCUCAAGACCAGUCACAAGAUGGUUAUAGCAGCUAUGAGGGCUAUGACAACUAUGAGGAUGGUUAUGAGGGAUAUGACAACUAUGAGGGAUAUGAAGGAUAUGACAACUAUGAAGGCUACGGAUGGAAUGACCCAGCCUCACAGUCUUACUAUAACUCAUCAAACCCACAGCCCCAACAGUACUAUGGUUCAUCUAGUCAGAAUACCAUGCAUAAUCAGUGGUACAAUCACCAAUCAUAUGAGCAGUCACAUUCAUCUUUCCAGCAAUAUGCUGUUCCAUAUCAACAGAAAAACACUGCAUAUUCUAAUUCAUCCUUUGGAAGUAAUUCACAAUCAAGAGACCAGAAAAAUAGAUCUUACAACACCCCUAAUGCUAAUUUUAAUAAGCAGCAAGGCUACAGAAGGAAAGAUGAACCUUUAACACUAUUUUAUUGUGAAAGUUGUGACAGAUCAUUUCCCACUGAUGAAAAGCUUAAAGAGCAUUUGUCAGAACAUAAGGUUUGUGGCCGUGAGGGGUGCAAAUUUACUGCCCACGCCAAAGUUGUUGAGAAGCAUAUCAGGUUGCAGCAUGACACAGGUCUUUAUAGGAGGAUUAAAAGCUCUGGAGACUCAGAAAAAUGGCGGGCUGAAAGAAAGAAGAAAUUUCCAUCAAAAGAAAAUAUUGAAGCAAGACAGAAACAGCAACAAGAAAUGUUGAGUAGAGGUGAACGCUUAGGAUUUGAUCAGAACAGAUUCCAAAAUUCAAGAGGGCGUGGAGGCUUUGGUGGUAGGGGUAGGGGAAGACAUAAUAAUUCAAAUAUGCCUCCAAGAAACCUAGCCAUGAAACAAGAACCAGGUGAAGACGGUCCACAUCCUCCAAGGCCAUGGAGGCCACAGUUCCCUGUCCCAGUUAUUGAGGAUAUAGAGUUGUGCACUAGGGGAAAAUUGGCAAAGUUCCUCGGCACUGAAUGCUAUAAGUCUGAGAAGGAAAAGGUUCAAGAGACAAUGUCAGCGUGUGGUGCUUUAAAUACACUGUGUGACUAUGGAGGGGCUGAGUCAUCGGAUGAGGAUGACUCUUUGGACAAUGUUGAAGAAAGACAACCAUCCAUAACAAAAGUCGUUGGCCAGGGUAAAUCAGAAGAAGCUGCUGACCUUGCAGAGCCAACUGAAGCAGUUGAAAAAUCAGAAGUCAAAGAACAAACUGUAAAGGCCAUGUCUGAGGCAGGAGAAAAAGAAGUCAGUACGCCUGAAUCAAAACCAAACCCCCAAAUAAUAUCAGAAAAUAAUGACUAUGAAAGUGAUGGCAGUUGCCCAGAGGAAGUGCCAAUUCUGAAAGAAGUUGCUGACAACACAGAGGCUUCAACUUCACCACCCACUAAUGAAGCAAAGAAAAGAAAACUUGAGGAUUCUGAACCAAGUGAAGAUCAAAAUCAACAUAAACAUAAAAAAAUCCAUAAUGAAGCUUCUGAUGCUAAAUUUAAAGGAAACUUUAGGCAAAGAGGAAAAGAGAACAAUUCAUUCCAUCGAGGGAAACGCAUGCCACGGAGGCCUCCUACACUUUUAGAGAAACUAUUGGCUCCUGAUAUCCAACAUGAAAGAAACGUCAUUCUUCAGUGUGUGCGCUACGUUGUCGAGCAGAAGUUCUUUAAUGUUAGUCAGAAAACUUCGGAAGCACAAGCACCUCCUGCAAAUUGAGUCAUUUUUUCAACACUUUAAUGUAUUUACAGGUCAAUUGUGCAUUUCCUCUAAGUCUUUGUGAUCAUCUAUUGCUAAGUUUUGAUUGUUACCCUACAGUGCCUUUAUUUUUUCUUUGGGACAUAUGAUGUUCCAUACAAGAAUGGUUACCUUUAUAUUACUAUAUAUAAGUGUUCAUUUCUAUAUUUUGUACAACUAUAUGGAAAUUCUAUUUUGUGUACCUUGCAUCAGUAGUUUCCUUGUUAGUUUGUGUGUUUUUGUUUUAAAGAAACAUUUCUCUUUAAUUAGUGUGUUAACUAAAUGUUUUCACUGUGUUGUCUAUUCUAUUGGAUAGGAACACAUCUGUUGCUCUUUUGUUACCUUCUUGACAGAUCUUACUUCAAAUAAAAGUUCAAUUGUA